CGCCGAAACGGGAGGGGGCAGAACUGAGCCUUGAUUCGUCUUUUUGAUUCAUCUCCAGCUUGGUUUUUUCCGGCUCCCUUUGAAUGGGCAGCUUUCGGGGCAUACAGUGUUGCCAAGUUGGGUCGCACUGCGUCAUUUACCCAUUCGUAUCCAGCUAGAGUCUCCUCACCCAUCUACCGCGUUCGCUUCCUAAGCUCAAGACGGAGAACUCCCCUGGUCGCCUUAGCAGCCGCGUACAUAACAAGAAUGCUAUCCGACUAUGUUGCCUGGGACUCCAUCCCGUCAGCGCUUGCUAUCUGCAAUACUGUGCUCUUGAUCUGUCUCGCCAUUACCCUUGAAUAUUACCAUCGCCAGCCGUAUCUGAAGAAGGUUCCCAAGAGCACGAUGGUCUCUGAGAAGGUCUAUAACCUCUGUCGGAGCGAUCAAUCCGUCUCGUCGGAGCUUGCCAAAAACCCCACACAAAGCGUCAGCCAUGUGGUCAAACACUUGUACGGGGAGCGCGCUGUCAGCGUCGCUACGGAGAAUCCUAUGCCCAAAAAGCUCGAACCUACCGCCGAAGACCUGCAGCGCGCCUUUGAAUGCGGGAAAUGGGGCAAUUCACGACCAAGUGAACUUUUCCUUCGAAUUUAUCACGACGUUUUGUGUACUUUGGAGCAUGAUCAUCUAGUUGGCACCGUGUCUCCGCCCUUGAUGGGAAGCUCAGGCGUGCUUCCCUUAAGUAUCAUAGCACCUUUACCGGAUAUUUGUCGUCACAUGUCCAACGUAAUCGCCCGCGCCCGGAAAGAGGUGUAUUUGGCGACCAAUUACUGGCAAGCGUCAGCCUCGUCCAGGCUCAUUACCAAUGCCUUGCGUGAACUAUCCAAAAGAGCUGGCGAGAGAGGGGAGAAGGUCGUAGUAAAGAUCAUCUAUGACAGAGGAAAUAUUAAACAGGUAGUAGACAACCACCAAAAGGUGCCUCCGAGCGAAUAUACUGGGAAGGCUGUGCAAUUACCGCAUCCCGAUGAGGUUCCCAACCUUGAUUUGGAGGUUGUAAACUUUCAUCGCCCCGUCUUCGGCACGUUUCACUCAAAGUACAUGGUCGUAGAUCGCCAGAUUGCCAUUCUUAGCAGCAAUAAUAUCCAGGAUAAUGAUAAUCUCGAAAUGAUGGUGCAUCUAGAAGGACCUAUUGUCGACUCAUUCUACGACGCCGCUCUCAUCUCGUGGCACAAUGCCUUCAAACCGCCGCUUCCAAGUCACAAUACACCUGCGGCGAUGGGUGGGCUGCCAACUUUCGACCAAACGUCGUUUCAGGAACUAUUUGAUCAGAACGGCCAAGUGAAGAGAUUCGGCUUCGGUAGCAAUUUCGGCGACUCCAAUCUUGGCGGUGUUGAAGCAACUACGGUACCGGGAAUGAGCGAGGCAGCUAUGCCGUCGCGACAGGAGGAUGUCUUGAAUAGCGGCAACACUAACCUAGGCGCCAUUUAUCAGGAAGGCAAAAGUGAACGUCUAGCUGAGCAUACGGAUAAGGAACCUCAUUAUGACCCCGACAUUGCUGCAGAAAUCCGCCGAUCUCAGUCCGUUCUUACUCCUCAGGCAGGAGAAAGCAAAAUGGCCUGCGUGACUCGUCACCUGAAUACCACAAUCCAGCCAGACACCAAGGGCGAUGCCCCAGAAUGUUCGCCAGAGGAAGAAAUGAUUCCACUGAUUCCGCAUCCGGUGCACGAACCAUUCCCAAUGGCUAUGGUGUGCCGGAAGCCAUGGGGAGCACCCAACCACUCCUCUGUGCACACCCCGCAGAAUGAAGCGUGGCUUUCAGCGCUGCGAAACGCCAAAGAAAGCGUCUUCAUUCAAACCCCCGAUUUGAAUGCCGAGCCACUUAUUCCAGCCAUCUUGGAAGCUGUUCGUCGCGGCGUGGAAGUCACGUACUAUGUCUGCCUGGGUUACAAUGACGCCGGAGAACUUUUACCUUUCCAAGGAGGCCACAAUGAGAUGAUUGCGAACAAGUUGUACACGACUCUGACGGCCGAGGAAGGCAAGCGUCUUCACAUCUUCAAUUAUGUCGCCAAGGAUCAGACCCGGCCAAUUCAUAAUAAGUUCAAAAAGCGCAGCUGCCAUAUCAAAUUGAUGGUUGUGGACAGACACAUUGGAAUCCAGGGAAAUGGAAACCAGGAUACGCAAUCGUGGUUCCAUUCGCAAGAGAUCAACGUUAUGAUCGAUUCUCGCACUGUAUGCGAGGCGUGGUUAGAGGGGAUCCGCCGAAAUGAGAACACGCACUUGUACGGUGCAGUGGAUCCCACCGACGGCGUUUGGAAAGAUUCCAGCGGUCAGCAGGCUGAAGGGGCCAUUGGGGUUGAUCCUGGUCGGUUUGCAUGGGCAAAGGGAAUCGUUGGUGCAGUGCAAAGAGUCAGGGGAGCUGGCGGAUUUUAAGUGGAUUUAAUUUUCUUUGGGCCUGUUUUAAUAAUCUACACAAUAUUUUCAAUAUCCAAAUGGUUAACAUAAUUUUUUUUUUUUAAAAAAAAACAAAAACAAAAACAAAAUAGCUUCAUCCGAAUUGUGCAAAAUAAUUUG